UCCCUUCCGAUUUCCAAUCAACCAUGGCUUCCCAGAGAAGAAUCCCGAUCCUGAGCCAGCUGAAGCAAGCGGUCCAGAAGGUCAAAUUCCUUCUCUCCUUCGACGCCACCAGCUGGAUGCUCUCCUCCCUCAGCGGCAAUAAACGUUCACCGGGCCGCGGGCUCAGCUUCCAGGUCCGGCCGAGCCUGCUCGACUGCUCCGGCUCCUCCUCCUCCUCCUUCGGCGUCGUGCGAGGGACGUCGCUCUCCCGGGCGUCGUCGCUCGCCCUGAGCUCCUCGGAGACUCCGGCGACCGCGAUGUCGCGAUCGGCCAGCGACGCUUCCUCUUCCGGAGAGGACAUUAAUUUGAAGGCGGACCGAUUCAUCGAGGGCUUCUACCGGCGGCUGCAGAUGGAGAGGCAGGUCUCGCUCGAGCUGAGCUACCUCAAAUCAAAGAGCCUGGAGAAGACACCCUCCCUCGAAUUUAAUUAAUCGAUUCGAUGCUAAUUCUGCAUCAUAUAUUUCUCAUCGCAUGAAUUUUGUUGUCGAGGUUGAUUUAUACAAAGAUUGUUCUUAAAUCUGUAUUGAUAAAUUUCUUAAAUCAUCAACAGCCUUCGAGUUCUGUUUCA